AUCUCUCAGGUUCUACCUCCUGCACCAGCCCCAACCCCAGCCCAGAUGGAAAACGAAGGCACUUGAAGGCGGAGGCUGUGGCAGAGAAGGGGCAGAGCUUCCCACCCACACCUAGGGCCCCAGAGUCUACCCCAGGGGGUUCCUCUUAGCCCCGGAUGUGGGAAGGGAGGGUCAGGAUGCCUAGGGGACUUAGCCAAGACAGGAAGCCCCACAACCAGAGGGGCCUUAAAGAGAGAGCUGAGGUAGGAGCGUGGAAUUCACAUCCAAGAUUUGGCCUGCUGAGCCCACGGAGAGGCACCUGCAGGAUGAAGGCUCUCUCCCUCCUCUUCCUCCCAACCCUGGGGCUGCUGGUGUGGGGCAAGUCGCUGUGUCCUGUGGAUGAAGCCAUCAAUGAGAAGAUCCGGGAUGUCUCCAGUUUCCUAAUUCCUCAGGUAAUUAGGAACAUCGGCCUGGAAUGCCGGAGUGUCACCUCCAGGGGGGACCUGGUCACCUGCCCCUCAGGCUUUGCUGUCACUGGGUGCACGUGUGGCUCUGCUUGUGGCUCUUGGGACGUGCGCGCUGAGACCACCUGCCACUGCCAGUGCGCUGGCAUGGACUGGACCGGCGCUCGCUGCUGCCGCCUGCGGACGCCAUAGCUAGAAGAAUCUAAGUUUGCAUCUGCGCAUCACUGGGCUUGGAGGCGUGGCCAGGCCCCACAGGGGUGGGGUCAUGACUCAGAAGGGGCGGGGCCAGGCCUCUGUGGGGCGGGGCUAGAAAUAAACCCUGAGAAGAGGAUGCA